GGGCCACAGACCAUCAGCUCUUUGUAGUACAUAAUACUUGAGCUAGCCCAACUUGACACCUCCAUAUCUAUGACAUCGCCUCGCACGAUGAACAUGGUCGUACCUGAGAAACACGGAGCGCUGUUUCUUCUUGCCCUAGUGAAUUCCAGUGAACGGAGAAGCACGGCACUCUGGGAGUCGGUCAGGUGAUCACGAAGCUCGCUUUGUCAUCUGCACGACACUGUCAACGGUCUGGAGGCGCACAGGGCGUCGAAGUGAGGCUGAGACGACGUGCUCACUGGCGUCGUGAUCUUCGUCAGCAGCACGAAGCUUCAGUAGGCAAGUAGUUUGAGGAAGUGGGCCUGAGUGAGGGUCCUCGCGGGAAACUGUCCGACGAGAAGCGGCUGCUCAUCGGCAUCUUUCGCACACUUGACCUAUGCGUCUUCGCGCUGGGAAGCUGACCCAAAAUUGGAGUGUUUGUGUGAAGAAUUCACCCAGCCAUGGAUCAUGCUGUCUCUUCCUGUCUUUCGUCUUUGCGUUUUCGCCUUCGCCGUCGUAUUUGUCUGUACGUCGGUGUUACUCACGCUCCACGGUCCUCGUUCUCACCCCUCUUCUCGCCUUCCUGCGACUGCCUGUGAUGCAGCAAGGUCAGUGCACCCAAAUUAUGUCGCACAUACGUUUGGAGAGACUCAUUUCUUGCCGGGUUGCGCGCAUCGCGUGGGGAGGAUCUCGAGCCACCACUGGAGUCAGUAUUUCACAGCUUACUGCACGGUGCACGAAGUGUGAACGAUACUGGCAUCU